CUAGCUGCUGCAUCAUCAUCAUCUUCUUCUUCUUCUUCGUUCUUUCCUUCCUCUUCUGCUUCUUGUUUCGCUCAGCAACAACUACCAUCACGACAACAACAACAAAACGCAUAUUCGCCAUUUUCAUCAUCAUCAUCAUCAUCAUCUCCGCCCGUCGAAACCAGGAUCGACGGUGACGACAACACCCUCAACACGAGUACGAAUAAUAAUAGCAGUAGUAGCAACAGCAGCAAGUUUUGUGAGACUCAUCUAUCCGUGUCUUUGAGGCGCUCGACGCUGCCCAACACGAUGGAUACUAGCAUCACUAGCGCAGCAGCAGCAGCAUCAUCAUCAACAUCGACAUCGACGUCCGGCAUAUCCAGGUUUCGGCCUUUCACAAAAUACAUCCAUCGAGCAGAUUUUCCACCGGUGUAUGCUCAAGAUUCAUACCUUGCCUUGGAUUUUGAGCCCCUGUGUCUGGCACAAAAGUUCGGCUACAUGGCUAUCGGUGGGCUUGAAGGCGAGUUCGAGCUGUACUGUUGCAUGGACCGUCAGCAACCCCGAAAAAUCUGGGGCACCAAGUUUAAAAGUCGCAACAAUGUCCAACUCAUGACCAACGCCGUGCAAAUUGUUCGUUGGAAGAAGCCAUCAUCGUCUGGCAUGAAGCAGGAUGAAGGUGAUGAUAAUGUGGAAGAAGAAGAAGAACAAGUCGAGUAUGAGUAUAUGCUCAUUGCGUGUAUGAACGAGGCUGGAGUCCUUGUCUACAAACUACCUUCACACCGCGAAUGCCAGGCAAUGCCGGACUUUCACCAACAAGCGCAUCACGUUGUGGUGCAACUAUAUACCCAUUUACGAUGCUUUGAUCGCGUUGCUGUCAAUGAUGCCAAAGUGAGCCACGACGGAAAACGGAUGGUGUGCGUAGGAGACGAUGCGUAUAUCUUUAUGCUCAACACGACGCGAGAUCCUUUGACGGGCGCGGUUUCAUUUGGUGUUCCGGAAAAACUCCAUGUGCCAUGCCAUUUGCUCAGAUGCAGCGGGGCGUCAGCGUCAGACAUGCAGUAUUCUUCACAGUACGUUGCUUGGAGCCAGUCGUCGCAACACUUUGCACAUACAUCCGAUACGCACUGCAAUGUCUUUGUUUGGCGGGCCGACACAAAGCAAGUGCUCUACUCGAUUGACGCAGCAGGAUACACGUACGCUAUUGCUUUCCAUCCGCGCCUAGAGGGCGUGUUGGCAUUCACGAAUCGUUACGGAUACUUUCACACUGUCAACCUCGAAGAAGCGUCGAGUGUAUCAAGACCAAAAAAAGUAUUGAAUCUUCUUGAGUUUGAUCACCAGACGUCUGAAUCACGCGGCCAUGUUUGUACAGACCAUUGUUUGUUUACCGUUGCUGCUGCUGCUGCUACUACGACUACGACUACGACUACGGCUACUCAAGGCGAGCAAGUGCAGGAUCAUCCAGCAAAUCAUACAACAGAUUUGCAUGCGCAUCAGGAAAUUACCAUGGUUUCGUUCCGCGGGGAGCGUGAUCGACGGCUGCGUAUUUUGGCCAAGAUCAAUGGUAUCCAGUGGUCCAAUGAUGGUCGAUACCUCUACGUCGCCACAAAGAAGCGCGUGUUGGCGUACGAAUUUCUCAAGACUGCACAGAAAAUUGAUUCGCUGCUGGAUAUGACGGGCAAGCAGACACGCGCACUUUUGGAACGGUUUCAUCAACAGCCAGCGCGUCAUCGUCGACCAUCAGCAGCAGGAGCAUCUCAGCAACCGCGACGCAAGCCGUCCAGGAAACGAAAGCGGGAUGAUAAUGAGGAGGAUCCAAAGGUCGCAAUGGCAUGGCUAGGAAAGUGGCUCUCGGUGCCCCUUCCGCUUCGUCAUCGAGUGCUUGGUGAGACGCAGUUGGCAAGCCACUGGUGAAUUGACUUCAACCUUUUUCUUUUUGUCUCUGUAUACUUUGUUGUAAAUCCUUCCUUUCUCUCUUCUUUUCGCCUUAAUUCUCCACACCAUAACACACAUCAUUUCCAUAUUCACACACACAUCCUCUCUCUCUCAAAUGUACACCUCUCUUGAACACACCGUCAUUGUUUUUCUUGAUUACGUUAUCAUCUACUAAAAGAAAAAGAAGAUUUAUAUACAAUUUUUUUUAUCAAAACAAAUGUGGCAUCACCUAUUUCCCCCCGUCUAAAUUAAGUUAAAAGUGUAAGUAAAAAUAUAAAGAAUGAAGCAAAAGGAAAGAAAUAAUAUAUAUGCUUUUUUUGGCAUGCGUAUGUGUGUGAUAAGGGUGUGUGUUCGUCGUCGUCGUUGUUGUUGUUGUU